UAUAUCUCUAACUCAUACAAUCUGCUAUCUAAUGUUAUCCAUUACAUUUAGUGAGUGCUAGUAAUGUAUGAUAUAUGUAUUGAGUCAAAACGAAGAAACAGAUAACAGGUGGCAAUGUUUAUGUUUGUAUAUAUGUGUAUAAUAUGAGGGCAAAACAAGGAAAAUGUGGAUCAAUAUCUAUAAAAUCACACACUCAUGUGGAAUAUCAUUGCUGAUAAUUGCUUUAGAUUUUGUCCAGCAUAAUUGGUCUACUUUAAUUCGAUUUGGCCUAUUUUUUGGUCUUGCUCUACUUCAUGACUUCAGUUAAUUCUUUUUCUGCAUUAAAGGCUUUGGUAAGGAAAGCAGAUCAGGAGGUAGUGGACAUGCUCCCAAGGUCGGUUGAGAUAGUGAUUGGGGAAGUUGGCGAUCCAGCAACCCUCAAGGCUGCUAUAGAAGGCUGUAAUAAAAUAAUCUAUUGUGCUACUGCCCGCUCUACCAUUACAGGUGAUCUCUUCAGAGUUGAUCAUCUAGGAGUUUAUAAUCUCUGUAAAGCAUUUCAGGAUUACAACAAUAAAUUGGCCCAGUUGCAUGCUGGUAAAAGCAGUAAAAGCAAGCUUGUGAUUACCAAAUUCAAAUCUUUGUCUUCAUUGGAUGGUUGGGAAGUUCGACAAAGAACUUACUUCCAGGAUGUAGUUGCCACAAAAUAUGAUGGAGGGAUGGAUGCUAAGUUUGAGUUCACUGAGAAUGGAGAGGCUGUUUUCUCAGGGUAUGUCUUCACUAGAGGAGGGUUUGUGGAACUGUCCAAAAAGCUUUCUCUACCUCUAGGUUCCACUCUUGACAGGUACUGGAUACCGAAUAAAUAAUUAUUUUGUUUUGUA